AUGACAUCGACGACGAGCGAUAGCAGUAAAUUACCUAUAUCGACCACCAAUCCUAAUCCCGCGUCAAACAUAAACAUAUCAACAACAUCUCAGUCUGAGACUCAAAAGGAGAACCACAAUCGCAACGUUGACUCAUCGUCUGUGCAACCACCUAUACUUGCCAAUCCGAUUUCACCUUCACCACCUUCCUUGACUGUUACGCCUGCAUCGCCCACUACAACCCAAUCAGAUAAAGUAGAUCAGCAGAAGGAAUUAGAUACCAAUCCUAAUCCCACCACUUCGGGUGUAGAAACGAGUAUGAAAGAAAAGGGAAAUCAUCCUACGGAAUCAGAAACUGCUUUACUUUCCCAACAACCUCAAACAUCCACAAACAUGGCUAGCACGACAGGGGGAGAACCUAGUAAGAGUACGAAUGGUGGUGCGUUGUCUAAUCUGACGAGGAAGUUAUCCAAAUCCAAUUCGAAUACCAACCCAUCAAAGGCAGGUUUAUCAAAGGAAAAGGAGAAAGAGAGUUCAACAUCCACCCCUCCAAGUAACACUACCAAACCAACCCCUACUACUACCCAAGCUUCUUCAUCUACUAAAGCAGCUGCUUCGACCAGUACGCCAUCGACUCAGAAGAAGAAAAAGAAAAGAAAAGGGUUGGCUGGAUUCUUACUUGCGCUUGGAUGCUUAUCGGCAGAUGAAUUUGAAGAGAAACCAAAACCCAAAACCUCCCAACUACAGCAGCAGCAAAUAACGCAGAAAGCUGGUACUUCAGUCACGACUGCUAAACCUGCCGAGACUGCCAAGGUGAAAGAUGAAGUUCCAAGUAAGAAGGAAACCUUGGGCCACCAGGUAGAACCUACCGCUACUACCGGGACCACGUUGGUGGACCAAAACGUAGAAGGUGAUAAGGCUGUGAAGCCAAAUGAAGAGAUUGUGGUUGCGCCUGCUGAGCCCCAUACCCUACCUGAUGAAGAGACUGCAGGUGUGACUUCAUCUGCUGUACAACCACCCGGAGGAGGAUCGUCUUUACUUGGUACCCCCACUCGAUCCCAUCCUCAAGUCCAACGGCGAGAUUCAGAUAUUGCCGCACCAUCAACCUCAGCCGAACAAGAUCGCACAGAGACCAGCGGAGGUUACACGGACAUCAGUAAUUCGGAGAUUCAAGAUGAAAGCAGUGGUGUGGGAGUACAGCAUGAGGAGGGUGUGGAUGAAUAUGGUUUAGAGGAUGAUUAUGAGGAUGAGGAGGAUAGAUUGAUCGAACAGGGUGGUAUGGGUAUACCUAUUGAUGAGAAUGGUAACCCUGCACCUCUCCUUCCAUCUAUUUUAAAGGAGCAUCACGGUAGAAAAUGUUUAGUAUUGGAUUUGGAUGAGACCCUGUUACAUAGUAGCUUUAAGUCCUUACCCUCAGCAGAUUACAUCGUCCCCGUUGAAAUUGAAUCCCAAAUCCACAAUGUAUACGUCAUCAAACGACCAGGUGUAGAUCACUUCUUGAAAGAGAUGGGCAAGAUAUACGAGAUUGUCGUCUUCACCGCCUCUCUAUCCAAAUAUGCCGAUCCAGUAUUGGACAUGCUCGAUACCCAUCGAGUAGUCACUCAUCGACUAUUCAGAGAAAGUUGCUACAAUCAUAAAGGUAACUAUGUGAAGGAUCUCUCACAACUUGGUCGAUCAAUCGAAACUUCCAUCAUCAUCGAUAAUUCACCUGCAUCAUACAUCUUCCAUCCCAAUAACGCUGUCCCAGUCUCGACGUGGUUUAACGAUCCUCACGAUACCGAAUUAACAGAUCUAUGCCCUUUCUUGGCUGAUCUAGCUACUGUCGAUGAUAUAAGGGGUGUGUUAGAUGGCAGAAUGAACUAA